GACGUAUCGUGAAUCGGUCGGUCUCAUGGCAUGGUGAAAGAUCGUCUGACAGAAUUGCAGAGGAUUAAGCGCAUUCCAAAUGCUCAGAAGAACGAGAAACAAAAGGAGGAGAUUCCGUUAAACUCGAUAUGUCCCAGUAAUGCCUCUGACCUACUGCAUAAUAUCGGUGAGCUGCGAAGUCAUGUGAACGAACUUCAGAAAGUACAGAAAGAUAUUUUGGCCAGCCCUCAACAAAACGAUAGUAUGCGCUGACCUGUGCUACAUUUGUACCCAGACCUGGACUACCGCCUUGAAAUGAUUACAAAAUUAAUAAAGGAAAAGACAAUGGCAGUUAGAUCGGAACUCAAGAGCUUUGAUCUUGCCUCAGAAGAUAAAGACCCUCUGCUCUUGAAUGCUCGAGAACGCAUCAAGUUAAAUCAGCAUGCGGCUAUUUCUAGGCAACUUAUCCAGGUUAUGAACAGUUAUAGUAAAUGUCAGUUGGAGUAUAGGGAGAAGUGCAAAGCUCGUAUACGGGGAAAACUAACCGUGGCUGGCUCUUCCUUCUCAGAGGAUCAGAUAGAAGACAUGCUGGAAAAGAAGAAUCCUGAGAUAUUUACCCAAUCAAUCAUGGCUUCUACGGACGCAGCAAAACGAUCUUUGUUGGAUAUUGAGGCACGGCAUGCUGAUAUCAUUCGCUUGGAAAACAGUAUCGCCGAACUGCACGAUCUCUUUAUGACCGUCGCUCUCAUGGUCGAUAAUCAGGGCGACAUGAUUGAUCAGAUCGAAUACAACGUAAACAAAGCCGGUAAUUGUGCUGUGCAAGCCAAAAAGAAACUCUCCAAUGCAGUUGGUCGGAAGAAGAAGCAUCGUCGUUGCAGGCUUAUUUGUGCCAUCAUUCUCACUGUUUUGGUCGUUUUGACGAUCAUAGCCAUCGCUUCUGCUAUCGGGCUGACGUGAUGCGGACAAGUUUUCCUUCCACGAACUACCGACCGACAAUUUUGACAAUAUACUGGCGCUCGGCUACGUCUAUUCAUACGAUUGGCUUCUGUCUCACUCUGGCUUACCACUUGUUAGCCCUCCGCAACUGCGAGAGCCAACCUACGCCAAUCGGAAAUGUGCCUUUGAACGUUUUAUAUCCUGCAACCCAUCGAUUUCUUUUUACCUAUAUUCAUUGUCCAUGACCAUUUCUCAUCUUGCAUAAAUAAUACUCAUUUGGAU